CCCACCGCAAAUCACGCAUUCCACAUCCAUAAGGGUGAUUGGAGGGCUGUUGCACAUCCGGCUCAGCCAGCGAGACCGAACUUGCAAUAAAAAUACUGCGUUAAUACCACCGAUGACUGCGGUCUAUCUUUGUGUCUUGCGCAAUACUGGUUUGCAAAACUUUGAUUACCGAUAGCUUCCUCUUUUUGCUUAGUUUCUCACCGCAAUAUAGAUUUUGGCAGUGAAAGCGUUGAAAUAUCUAGCAUAAAAGUAUCGCUAUACACCACCAACAUCCCCCACUCGUUCACACUUAUCCCUCAAAUAUGACCACAGUUUCAAACAAUUCUAGUUGGUGGCCAAUAAUCAACUCAAAUAUCUUCUAUAGCUAUUGGAUAGUUGCCGCCGGUGUCGUGAUGAUAUACGAUUGGGUACUAACACUAGGACGAGAGAUUGAACUGAUCUGGAUACGCUAUUUUGGAAUAAUAUAUUUCGUUGCCAAUAUUUUGACAUUUGCGCCAUUUGUCUCGCUGACAGAUAUAGUGAGCAAUAUUACCUACUGCAUACAGAAUGGGAUGGGUGUGGUCCUAUACGCUAUGUUGGGCAUCAUCAUGAUUACUCGCUUGCAUGUCAUGUAUCAGGGAUCUAGAAAGAUGCUCAUCUUACUUGUCAUUAUCUUUCUGACUGUUACCAUCACCUGCGGAGUCGUCAUAACAAUAGCACUCGAGCAUAUUGUAGGGGAGGAGUUGAUACUCUCUGGCACGUACAUGUGCGAGUAUGAAUCUGAAGGGGACGACGUCCAGCUUCUUUUUUUAACGUAUUGGAUACUCUACACUGUUUGGGAGGUCCUCGCACUAUGUCUUUCAGUCUGGAUUGCUGUGAAAUACUUCCGUGACCUGCGGCGACUCGGCCCAUCGACAGGAUCGACCGCCGGGGACUGUUUCAGAGUGCUGAUAAAAGCUCACAUGCUUUAUUUUGCAAGCUUUGUUGGUGUCUCUUUGUUUCAGCUUACUAGUAUCUCUCAAUCACUCGUGAAAUCGGUACUCAAUGGUGCUGUUCAAAUUUCAUCGGUCGUGCAGGUGUUUGUGUUGGGACCACGCCUCAUCCUUAGCAUUCGAGAACAUCACGCCAAACUAGUGGCCAGCUUCGACACAGAAAAUAGCAUAAAUUCAAUUGCCUUCCAGGAAAUAUCAACUAGCAGUACUAUGUAGGAACAUACUUGCCGAGUGGCCUGCAGGCGAGAGAAAUUUGGUCGAAGAUGCGUCAUGU